AUGCUGCCGUCGAUGGCUCUCAAGCGCAUCGAGAAGGAGCUCCUCGACCUGGCCUGCGACCCCCCGACCCAUUGCUCCGCUGGCCCGGUGAGGGACGAUUUGCUCCACUGGCAAGCAACCAUAAUGGGGCCCAACGACAGCCCCUAUCAGGGAGGGGUCUUCUUCUUGAAGAUCCAGUUUCCACCGGAUUACCCCUUCAAACCACCCAGCGUCGCGUUCACCACCCGCAUUUACCACCCGAACAUUAACAAAAACGGAAACAUCUGUCUGAACAUCCUGAAAUCCGAGUGGUCGCCGGUACUGACUGUAUCCGAAGUAUUGCUGUCCGUCUGCUCUUUAUUGUGCGACCCCAACCCAGAUGAUCCUCUGGUACCAGAAAUUGCGAUGAUCUACAAAUAUGAUAGGCAGAAGUAUGAAAAAACAGCUCGAGAAUGGACUCAAAAAUAUGCCACGUGA